AUGUCCUCACCUGCAGGCACUGCUAUAGAUUUGAAUAAGCGCUUGGAGGAGAUAGCUACAGCUGAAAGUCUUAUAGGGGACAUCUUGAAGCAUGGGCAGUCUUGCAUUACAGAACUGUCGAAGGACAAACAGAUUAGUAAGAGUAAAAUGGAGGAAUCGUCACAACAUUUUAAAUCUGCUUUAACAUCUCUAAACCAGAUUCUGUCGUCGCAGAUGGUCUAUUUACAGAACGUCUGUGUGGGGUCUUCUCAUCAAGGUUCUACAUUCGCUUCUCAACAGAAUAUAGCACUCGCCGAAUCCGGGGAGUUUCAAUUACACACAGAAUUAACACGACUAUCAGAAAAACAUUUCCCUCCUCCCCUAGCUACUCCGAAAGAAGAGGUUGAAUCUGAGCCAGACCUUUUACAUUCUAUGAAUGACGUUAAUAUGGAAUAA